AUGCCUUGGGAGGUGGCCCCAGCGGCCCCUUGUUGCCCCGACCCCCGGCGGGUUGCGCCUCGAGCGACAGCCCGAGCCCGAGGAGGAGGAGGAGGAGGAAGAGGAGGGCGAGGAGGAGGAGGUGGUGGUGACAAACUCUCCCGCUUUGCACUGCGGCCGGGAGCCCCUGCGCCAGGCAUGCAGGCUCGGCGUUUAGCCAAGCGCUCCAGCCUGGGGAGCCGCCGGGGGGGCGCAGCGCUGCAGCCGCCGCCGGGCCCGGCGCAGGCGAGGGAGGGCGCCCUGCCCGGGCUGCCGCCGCUGGCCCCGGCCCGGGAGAGCUGGAGGCCGCCUCCGCCGCCUCGCCGAGCUGCAGCCGGAGCCGGAGCCGGAGCCGGGGCCGGGGCCGCCCCCCCUCCCGCUGCCGGCGCAGCCACGGUCCCCGCCCCGGUGCUGCUGCUGCUGGAGGAGGAGGAGGAGGACGGCGAAGAGGAAGGGGGGAGGAGGCGGAGGGGGCGCGGGAGGUUGGAGGGGAAGCCCCGGGGGGGCGCGGAGGAGGAGGGCGACGACGAAGAGGACGACGAGGACGAGGAGGUGGUCGUCGAGGUGGUGGAGGAAGACGAGGAAGAGGACGUAGAGGAGCGCUUCGUGCCCCCCGCGGCCCCGAAGGGCCAGACCCGGGGCUCCCUAAAGGCCGGGAGCAUUAAACGUGAAAUGACCUUCACCUUUCAACAGGAGGACUUAAAACGUGACUUUAGUAAAAAAAUAUCCUAUCAACAAUUGUUCCCUUUGGCCAUGGCAGAAGAUGUGAGAACAGCUGACACCAAAAAAGCCCACAGAGUCCCUGAACAUGAAAAAGAGAACACUCGAUCCAUCUGUCUCCUGGAACAGAAACGCAAAGUUGUUUCGUCAAAUAUCGAUGUUCCUCCAGCAAGGAAAUCUUCAGAAGAACUGGAUAUGGAUAAAGUAACAGCAGCAAUGGUACUAACCAGUUUGUCCACCAGCCCUUUGGUUCGAAGCCCUCCUGUGCGGCCAAAUGAGGGCCUCAGCGGAUCUUGGAAAGAAGGGGGAUUCGUGCCUUCAAGUACAAGCAGCAGUGGGUACUGGAGCUGGAGUGCCCCCAGCGAUCAGUCCAACCCGUCCACCCCGUCUCCACCCCUGUCGGCCGAUAGCUUCAAGCCCUUCCGAACGCCCGCUCAGCCAGAUGACGGCAUUGAUGAGACAGAAGCAAGCAACCUUCUCUUUGAUGAGCCCAUUCCCAGGAAAAGAAAGAACUCCAUGAAGGUAAUGUUCAAAUGCCUUUGGAAAAACUGUGGGAAGGUACUGAGCACAGCUGCUGGAAUCCAGAAACACAUCAGAACCAUUCAUCUUGGACGCAUAGGUGACUCAGACUACAGUGAUGGAGAAGAAGAUUUUUACUACACAGAAAUCAAACUCAAUACAGAUUCAGUAGCUGAUGGGCUCAGCAACCUUUCCCCAGUUUCUCCCUCUCAAUCCUUGGUGUCUCCUCCAACAUUCUCCACCUUGGAUUCCAGCCGUACUGAAACGCCAUGUGCCAAAACGGAGCCGAAACUGAUGACGCCUCUGAGCCAAUCAGCUCCUACCACCCUCUACCUCGUACAUACUGACCAUGCUUACCAGGCUACUCCCCCGGUGAACAUUCCAGGAUCCACAAAAUUCUCUCCGAAUGGCAGCAGCUUUAGCAUCUCUUGGCAGUCUCCACCAGUUACCUUCACAGGCAUUCCAGUUUCCCCAACACACAAUCGUCCUGUGGGCAUAGGAGAGCAGAGACAACAGCAGAAUCAUUCAGUCCUGUCUUCACCUCCCAGAGGAGCAGUCAGCUUAAGAAAGCCACGGGGGGAGGGCAAAAAAUGCCGGAAGGUUUAUGGCAUGGAGAAUCGAGACAUGUGGUGCACUGCAUGCCGUUGGAAGAAGGCCUGCCAAAGGUUCAUUGACUGAAGAGUGGAAGCCUCAAGGGUGUGGGGUGUGGAUGCCCAGGAGCCUGCCAGCAGCUGCCCUUGACACUCUUCCUGCCCUCUCCUUCCACUCCUGGUUUUGAAAAGAGCUUUUUGCAUUAACCACCAAAAUGCACUCGUAGCCAAGGUGAAGCCUUUCGAAAAACCUGUGUGUGGAAGAACAGCAAAAAAAAUUUUUAAAGUAACUAGCAUCACCAACCAGUAUCCAACCUGGAAGCAGCUAUAACUUUUUUUUAGUUUAAAAAAAAAAGUUAACCUUUUGCUCUGUGACUUCCUCAUCACCCUGGCCCCAGUAGAUCUUGUAACUGUACUGUGAACUUCUGUAGCAGUUAAAACAACAAACCCUUCUUUCCCCAGAAUGGAGGUAUCUUUUGCUAUGUUUUCUGACUAACAUACCUUCCAAGAUUUUUUUUCUGACACUUUAAGAACAACCCACCACAUAAGCUACAGUUUAUUCAACAGCAUUUGUACAAAGAAUGGACUCUACUGCAUAAUUCCCAAUGUGAACAGUCUUGCUUCUCUUUCCCAUUUGACCCCUUGGAGCCAUGCGUACCCUGCUGUGCUUUAGGGACAAACAGCACUCAUGAUUUCUUUUCCAUUUGGGGUUUUCUUUAAAAAAAAAAAAUGGCCACACACCAGAAGUCCUGUGGGAGCUAUUAACCUGUAAGCCCCCUGGGGCUUUUAAGAACACAAAAAAGAUAACAAAUGAUGGAAAUCACCAGCAAACUUCAGCCAUGAGCUGAGAUCAGGAAAUCCAAUUGUCAUCAUUGGGAAACAUCUGGGAGCUUCACUUGAUUUCCCAAGAAGCUUUUUCUAAUUGCUUGGCUUUCUAUGAUGUAGUGGCCAUGCCAUGAGGGGCAACCUCCUGCCUCUCUCCAUCUUAUUGCAACUCCAUCAAGAACUGGUCCAUGUAGCCAUCUGGGUAACCCUUAAUCCUUUUUUUCAGGGAUGUGAUCCAAACCAGCAGCUCAGCUCUGUUUACUAUUAUUGCUUGUUUGUGAGACUGUUGCCAGCUUAAUGGGUCACUAGUCCUUUCCACAAAAAAAGAAAAAGUAUUCUACAACUAACUUUUCGGAAAAGGUAUAAAAAUUGGAAAUGUCCCAUACACAGAAACCUGUGAGGUUGGUUUUAAAUGCAGAACACAGCCUACGUAGUCUCAUCCAUUCUAAAAAGUCAUUUUGAGUUAGAAAACCAAUUCCUAUUUUGAGUGCACUUUUAUAAAUUUUUAUGCUUUUGCAUGUCUGGUAUAUGGGUUAAUGAAUACUAUAGAUCUUUGUAGGGGUUAAUGCAAGAUACAGACCUUUAUUUUUUAUCAUUUGAAAAUUUUGGGGCUAUUUAUUGAUAAUUAUCUGAGUUGGAGAAAAUACAAUAAACAAAAGGAAGAUGCCAUGUUGAUGUAUACAAGGUGUGGUUAUAGUAAUAUCUCUGUUUAGUAGGGUCAAGGUUUAAAAUAGGUAGUAUGUACAGGAUCUAAGGCCUUAGCUUAAAAAAAACAAUUCAUUUGAGAGCUAGGCCCUACAAAUAAGUUAAUUUUCCAUCCAAUCUAAAACCUAUUGCCCUACUAAACAUUUACUCUCUCCUACCCCUGUGCAAAGAAGAAUAGCACCUUAGAAGAUGUAUUGUUUAGAACUCGAAAAUUAGCAUCAGCCAUAGGAAUGUUAAGUAAAAUUGCACAAAGGAAGGGUGUUACUAUGUUUAGAAAUUGCACACACACACACACACAAAUUUCUAAACUGAAAUCUUAUUAAGCCUUAUUUCCCUUUUUAUAUUUAAAAAAAGGGAAGUACAGGUAGGUUGCUCAGUGCAAUAUACUGACCCCCAUUAUUUAUGCUUAUUUUCUGGCAAAUUUUUUUUCAGAUCCCUCAUAGAGAGAACCGUGGUCCUUUGUUUCUUAUAGGUUAAUGACUGGCCUGGUUUAAUCAUUUGUUUUUAGUCAGUUCUACUGAUACUUCUUUAAAACCCCUUAGCUCCAGAUAUCAGAAAAUAAUAGCAUUUGUACAACCUCACCCAACUUUAGUAACACAAUUCUUGAGAGGAAAAAAGUACUUUCUAAUACUUGCUAUGUAGUAUGACAUUCCCUAGGUCAGCCAUGAAAACAGUCUUUGAAAAAUUCCAUCAUCUUCUGGCUCAUUUAUUUGCCCCUGGUCUCUUUCUUCCCUCUCAUGUCAUUGUGCCUAUCAUACUACUGUCUUAUAACCAAGAUGACACUACUCACCCACUCAGUAGGACAGUUCUGUGUAUGGUUAAGAGUUUGUUCUGGUUUAUCUUACGACUAGCAAUGCAAUCAGUGUCUCUCUGAAGCUCCUUGGCCUAUUUACAGAGAGAAUCUAUUCCUUGGUUUUGUUCGUCUGAUUUAUUAGUCGAUAAUGAAGAACUGAAUUCUCCACAUUCCAUGAGACCUAGGUGUAGGGGAGAGCUCUGCAUGGGAUCAGUUUCCGUGGCCAUUGUAGUCAGCCCCAAACCCCACCCCACCUCCCAAGAGAUAUUCUAGUGUGGUGUGAUGUUCUCCAGAAGUACUCUAGAUAACUUUCCCUCCCCAACUUCAGGCAUCAUCUGAUUCUCAGACUCGAUACAGUUGUAAUGAAAGGCCUAUGCCUCCCAGCUACUUCCUUCCUAGUCACCUACACAAACCAUCACUUCAGUUUAAAGGAAGAGUUCCUAACAUUUUUUGAGGUCAUAGACUCUUUUGGCAGCCUGGUUAAGCCUAUAGACCCCUUCUCAGAAUAAUAUUCUUAAUAGAUAUGGUUACAAAGAAAAUCAGUUAUGCUGAAAUACAAUUAUCAAAAUACUUUUUAAAAUACAAGUUUAUAGACCCUAGGUUAAGAACUCCAGGUUUAAAGCCGUCAUUGUUCAUACUGAGUCACCAAAUCAGCCAGGGAAGAGCAAUACAAAAAAAGAUUGGGAGAUGUUCAUCUAACUGAUUUCCAGACAGCAAGUUUUUAUUGGACACUAGACAGUGCUCCAAAGCCAGGGGUACACAGCCCUGGUUUUGCUUUCAUAAUACAUGCUUGCAUUGGCAUAUUGAACAAUCGAGGCCCCAUACUUUGGCAUUUGGGGUAGCUGGGAGAUGUGAAGUUUUCCCUGGCUGACCAAGGAGAAAGGGAAUUGUGACUUCUUAAAUAUAAACCCAAGAAAGGUCAUUGUUGUUGUUGUUUUUAAUCCAAAAAACAGUUCCAAACUACAAAAGCAAAUUCUUUUAUCUAUUUUAAAGAAGUAGGAUAAUUUGGUUGUAAUUGUUUAUCUCAAGUGCCAAAUUAAACCACAUUCGUCUUAUAAUGUUACAUUGGGCAAUAUAUCAUCUUAAUUCGUCAUUUGGUGGUUGAAGGAGGAGGAAGGAAAGUUAGAAGUUGACCUCAUUCUGAAAGUUCCAACUACCCCCUUGCUACUUAUAUAAAUGCCUCAUGCAACUCACUGGAGCUCUGCCCACACAGAAGGAGUGGCAAGAAUAUGAAUUAAGGUCCAAAAAUAUUUCUAAAAGCAUCUUUGUGAUCAUCACUUUAUGAUUUUUCACAAAGUUUCCUGUCUUCUCUAUAGAGGGCAUUUCUUUACUGCCAACACUGUAUUCCCCAAAUAGUUGAAAAGAAUAUGGUACUCUGCACGUACUGUGAUCAGCAUGGCCCCUUCUAGAAUCAGGCAUCAUUUAUCUUAAUAAUUCUUAUAAAAUGCUUUUGCCAAAGCCCCUCAGUGCUUUCCAGUAGAGAUGUACCAAACUUCCUUGAAAGGGGAACUUAAAAAGUAGAAAAGAGACUUCCCAUUGGGGGAACCAGGUGGGAGGUAGGAGAAGACAUAGGCAGGAGUUCAUUUGCCUGGCACAGAUUUGAGUGGUGCUGUGACCAAACUGCAUUUAGGGGCUCGCCCUUCCACCUCAGAUCGUGACACCAUCAUGUCUUGCUGAAAAGAAAACAAACUGCAGGCUCAUCUAAGGAAGAGGGAAAGGCCCUGAAGAACAAAAGCUUCCAUUACCGGGGUGGAAAGGUCACCUCUCUUCCUAAUGUAAAACACGGCAUGGAUGCUUCCACCCCUUUAUCCCAUACUUGUUGGCCACUUUGUCUUCUCUUGCUGGGAGCACCCGGGGCAGUCACAAACUAUGAAUUCACUCACCCAGCAUACUUUGUGCUUUGCAGCAUAUUUUUGUCCAUAAACUGUGACCUGGGAGGCACAGAGGGAGAUGAGGUGCCACUUUUAUUACAGAAUUGCCUUUCUGGUCAUAACUGUUAUCUGCAAAUGAAACUUUUCAGCUGAGUGAUGCAGUUGUUACAGGCCUUUUGACUUUCCAUGAAAUUUUAACAGAAGGCUUCAUUUGCAUGGUAGAAAUGAGUUCUGAAAAUGAAGUCUAACCUAUGAACUUUAAAGUUGAUAAUUAAAUAUAAGUGGACUUUAUCUUUUACUUCAGUCUAAGCUACACUGGAAAGCAGAUCUCAGUUCUAAAUCCAGAGUCUGUGCUGCAAACGCUUUUAAUUUUUUCCCCCACUCUGGAAGGCUUCUAUAGAAAGGGGAAACUGCAGCGUUCAUCUAGCCUGAGAAGUGACUAAAAUUGUAUAUAAUAAUAGCUCGCUUUUAGGUAGUGCUUUACCAUUUACAAAGCACUUUACACACAGUCCCAUUUAAUCCUGUGAGGGCAGCAGGGCAAGUGUUAUCACCCUCCCCUCCCUUUUAAUAUAAAGUAGGAUACCUUGAUAGUAGUUGCAAAAUAAUGUAAAUAAUACUCAUUUCCUCAGGGAAAAUUAAAGGGCAGAACAUUUGUAAAUUAGGUCUGGUGGACCCUAACAGGAGUAAGAGUUUUAAUAUGUAUUUUUAGUGUUUUUUUCUAGUCAAAGCUAUGUAGCAAAAUGAAGAUGAUGUCCGAAUUCAUCAGAGAGAAACACACUACCGGGAGGCCACUGUCUUAGGUAGCAUGCAGCACCUCCCCUGCGGUGUGUGUGUCUCCCUUAAGGAAUAGGUAUAUAUUUAUAGCUGAUCUGAAGCUCUAAGAUUGGAAUUUGAAUCCCAAACAGAUAUUGCCUGUGGCUUCUGCAGCCCUGUAGGUGUUUGUUGACUUUGUAUAAAGCUUUUCUGAAUGUACUUGUAAACAUGAAGUUUUGUCAUCUCCUUCUCCAAUCCCACAGUUAAAUAGCUGUAUUGUAUAAGUGGAAGUCUGUACACGGAAGCAGUUUAAAAUAUGUCUUGCACUCCAUAGCAUGUUGUAGUGCAAACUUAGAAGUACCUUCAUGGGUAAGGUAUACUGCUUUCUUCCAGAUACUGUCAAAUUUAGAUCGAUCUUCAUGCCUUCUGCAGCACUGACCCAAGUGGAAACCGGGUAGAAUUCAUGAAUAUAAAUGAGAGCCAAAUCAGGGUAGGAUUCAUGAAUACCAGUGUGGCUAUGGAGCAUAUUAUGUAGUGCUCUGGGCACACAGGUCGGUCUACUAGAAAUUCAUCUCCCUAAAAAAACAACUACCAGAGCUGCACGUAACAAACUCCCCACCUCCCUCAAACCUACAGCAGUUUCUCCUUAUUAGAACAUCUUGGUAGAGUCCUUUUUCAUCUCAGUAUUCUAGUUUAGAAAGCCUACAAGUAGCAUUAAAAUGUUUAGGUGCCAUUAUUAACACUGAGUGACUCUCAGCCUAAUAAGCUUAUGGAAAUAAAAGUUACUCUUUAGACUAAUGAGUUUUCUCUGUGUAGAGAUCAACCCUGUGUUAUAAGUCCCAGGAAGCAGAAAUACAUGAUUUUCCCAGGCUUGUGUUUGUCAUAAGAAUGGUAAUCAAAGGAGGCAUUACUUGUAUGAUCAUUUUUUAUAUAUAGUUAGUUUUUUGGUUUGUUUUGUAAGACAAUCUCAUUCUGUGUAACUUUGCUGUUAGUCUGGGAUUUGGAACACUGUUUUGCCACAUCAGUGUGUAAAUUUAAAUAACACUAAAGUUAGCUUCAUUUGUUUUGUUUUUUAAAAAGCCCUAUUUAAAAACCUCCAUCCUUCUAAGAAGCAAGAGACUCUGCUAAUAAGCUCUGGUGCUUAACAUCUCAAGGGGACCAAAAACAUUUUUCAAGAUGCCCAAUGCUUUGUCCGCACAGGCUGCAUCAUCAUUGGUCAGAGGAGACAUUAUUCAUCUCCAUGAAGCACAUCUAGGGCAGUGUCACUGUCAGGCAAGAAAGAGAAGGAGCAGCCUUUAGUGCUAAUGAUGCAACUCACUCCCUAAACAAAAGGUUUCACCAUUUUGACUAGUGACUGGUCAUUCACUAGGUCUCUUAUCUCACUGCAGCAAGGACAGGAAUAGGCCAAACUGAAGACAUACAACUAAGAGAAUCCCCAUGUUUAUAGCUCUUCCUUUCCAUUACCAUUACCAGAACCUAAAGUUGUGCUUCAAAGUACUAUGUGGUGAAAAAGACAUCCUAAAAGAGAUAUUUUGUAUGCCGUUUUAAACUAACAACUUUAACAGAGGCACUUUUUUUAAAUAGGGCAUGUAUUUACUUGUGUAAGAUGCUCAAUAUGAAGUUACUAGCUGUCAGUCCAAAAGAUGAGCUUACUCUAAGGGAAUUAUGAAAUUGUACGUAAUGAGAAAUCAAUCAACAUUGGGUGAGGUGAGUUUUUUUUUUUUUAUCUCUCUGUAGGCCCAAAGAUAGAAUUCUUGGGGAAUCAUCCAGAUCUGGGGCUCUUUAGUUCCCAGAAUUAAUUAUAAUCUCUUUAGUGAGGUCUCUAACAAACCAAAUGCUUCAUCUUUCGAUGUGAGAAAUAUACUCAUAAGGGACCACAAGUUAUAAGAAGGUGAUUGUGUUCUCAAGAGUCAAAUAUGUUAAUCAAAACAAAUUUUUUUUAAUUAAAAGUGAGGUUGAUAUACUAAAGGUUUUAAUUCUUGCCUAAAUAUUUUUGGCUUUAUUUAAACAAAACUGUGGUGUCUAUACACUUUGAUCAGGUCCAUUUCCAGAUGCUUCAGAUGUGUGUCACCUAGGUUUUCAGGGGGAGAAAACUUUACCUAAUCUAAUCUUAAGUUUAUGGGGCAGUUAGGUGGUGCAGUGGAUUGAGUUCCAGACCUGAAGUCAGGAAGACUCAUCUUCCUAAUUUAAA